AUGGUGGCGGAGCCGGGGGCGCUGCUGCAGACCGCCAUGCGGCAGCUCGAGCAGGAGCCUGUCUCUGGGAGGCCUGUGAGCAGCCCGGAGCUGCCCCCGCUCAGCCCUGGGGUGUCCUGGGCGCCCGGGGAAGCCACCGGGGACCUGACUCGGCUGGGAGCAUGGGGCUGGGCAUGGCCAGGCCCCCGGAGCGAGCAGGCCCCUGAACCCGUCAGCAGCCGCCGCAGCACCUUUGAAGCCCGCGGCAAAAACAAUCACUUGCCAGGUAGCCCGUCCCCAGAGGACACGGUCAGGCGCCGGGGCGUGGGCAGCCUGGCAGGGUCUGUCCGCCCGGGCCGGCGCGGCCCUCGCAGCCCCUAUCUGCUGGGCCGUCACCGGGAGAUGGAUGUGGCGCUGGCUGUCCUGGCCGCGGCCUGCCGGGAGGCUUCGGGAUGGCCGCGGGGCAGCGCCGCACUCGGCCGCGGGGGCAGGCGCCGGGCCCUGUCUGUGCCGCGAGCCCCUCCUUCGGAUUCCAGGUCGGGAAAUUUCUCAUCUCCCCUGAACUCUCGACCCCGCCCACGUCCGCCCUCCCUGCUCACUGCCCGCGGCUCCGUCAAGGCCAAGGGCGCCUGCCGCCCCCCUCGGCUCCCCGGGGCCGCCGCCGCGCCCACUGUGGCCGCCCGGGGCCUGCGCAGAGCGUGGCCUCGUGUGCCUACCGGGGUCGGGCGGACACCGGCCCCCAGGGCAGAGCUGACCCCAGACACCCCUCGCCUGGUGCCAGGCCCGCCUCCACCUUUAGCCGACUCAGCCACCAGCGUGCCGCUGCCCCACGUGACUGUGCUUCUGGCUGGGGUUCUACGCUGUGCUCCGUGGCCGGGGGUGGGGGCUCCCCAGAACCCAGCCCAGCGCAGCCUGUGGCCGACCGCACCCCGCGUGGCUAAGCGCCGAGGACGCCGCGACCGCAUCUGCCCAGGACCCACGGCCGUCUUGGCGCUCCGGGGCGUCGGGCUCUGCGGGGAGGAGCGGACCCCGCAGCGACUCCUCUGCAAGGCCCUCCAGGGGCACGCGGGCGGGGAGGACAACCCUGAACAGAGCCAGGCUCGGGCCUGCAGGGGGCCCUCGCUUCACGUGGGCCCCACCCAGCGGCCGCCGGCCACCCCUGGACGUGCGGGCGCCUCCCCGCGGCGCCAUCAAGGUGGCCGGCAGAGGCCGCGCCGGGCUCGGAAGGCCGCACGGGCCCCAGCCUGGGCGCGCCGCCGCCCGCGGACGCUGUUCCUGCUGCAGCCGCGGCACCGGGCCAAGCCGCAGGAGUUUCUCCACGGCCGCGCUCUGCGUGGGGUCCUCGGCCCUGACCCCGCGGCCGGUUACCCGUGGGCGGACGCGCGGACCCCAGAGGCUCUGGAGGUGUCCCCAAGAGGCUCCCUGCCCGUCAGUGCCCGUCCCGGCGUCAGCCCUGGCCGCUGCCCACCUGAGCCUGGGUCGGCUGGACGAAGGCCCAGGCGCGAGACCCCAGAGGUGGGGGCUCCUGGGGACGCGGACUCCUCAGCCCCAUGGCGCCCCUGCAAGUGGAUCAACGAGUGCGCACCCUCAAAACGACUUGGCUUGUCUUCCAGCCCGGCCGUGGGCAGGGAACACUCUAAGACCCUGGGUGGUCCCUGGGACGCCUCGGGGAAGGCGCUCAGCUCCGUGUCUGCGGCCGCCGGCGCCAAGGCCGGCAGGAGGCGAGCGCGAGCUGCCCUGUCCCUGGCUCUCUCAGCGCCCCGCGCCGCAGGUCGAGGGCGUGGGGCUGGCUCGGCGCCCUGGACUGGCCUGCAGGGCGGAGCGGGUCUGGGCGCUGAUGCUGAGGCCUCGCGAUGGGCUGUCUGGUUUGGUGUCAGUGGCGGAGCCCAAGGGACAGUCCCGAUCGGGGGCCGGGGCGGGGAACCGGACCACGCGACUGGCCUCCAGGACCCGGGCCGGGGCUGGACGAUGCGUCAGCGCAGCCGGGAACGGCCAAGCCUUGCUGACGUGACAGGCAGCCCAGAGCCCCAGCCUUUGCUAAACCGGGGCUCCACCUUGCCGCCCGGCGUGUCCACGGGGGUCAGCGGGGCCUGCCCGCGGAAGCCCCUCCGGCUGCUGGUCUUCACCACCCUGCCCGGGGCCGGAGCACCAGCCCCCAGCUUCUCACCGGCCAUGACUCACGGCCUGAACAGUCCCGGGGGCGGGCGGCGCGAUCCUCCCAACAGCGACGGGAGAGGCCGAGAUGGAGGCCACCACGUGGGCAUGACCACCCCGCGGGGCCGGGUCUCUGCCGACAGAGGGAACUGGCUCAACGGCCUGGUUAGCAUCCGGACACGCCAGGCCUCCCAGUGCCGGGAUGUGAUGGGCACCGUGCCGCGCUCUGCCAGGGGCAGUGGCCUGGCCCGUGCCCCCACCCUCUCCGCCGUCCCUGAAACGCCGCCACGCCUCAAGCCACCUGACAGAUGCCGGCUCGGACAGUGCGAGCCGCGGACCCGCAGCGCCGAGAACGCACAGGACGCGGCAGGGGACGAGACGCCAGCACCGGAGACAGCCACACGGGCCGCGGAAGGAGGCCGCCUGGCCAUCCCGAGGGACCCUGCGGCUGGCCCUCCACCGCCACAACCCAGGGGUGACACCGUCUGUCUGCAGGGGGACGGCCUGGGCGGGGCAGCGACCGCCGUGUGGCCCUGCCGUCCCCCUCAUCGCCGGGCCUCGCGGGGGGAGGGCCGCCCUGAACCCCGCGCCGGGAUCCCCGUGUGGCUGCCCUGCCCCGGGCCUGCCAACGCCCGCGCCCGGGGCUGGCUUCCGCGUGCCCUUGAGCUUCCCGGCCCAUCUGUCGAGUCACCGCCUAAGGCUACGGUCGCCGUCUAUUCUGACAGAGCGUCUGUCCUCCGCUCGUACAGCCGCCACCACCGCCACCGCCAGAACUUCCGCAAGAUCCUGGACUGA